CAUUGUGAACUAUUGUUCUCCUUCAUACUGGAUUACAGUAUGAUCUUAUAUAUUAUGUUCAAUCAUCUGCAAGUUCAAUAGCAGUUCAUCCGAUAUUGUGGAUUAUAAAAAAUACCCAUUUCGAUUUUCACUCCAAACCAUGGCUGUGACGCAUGCCGAUUUAGCCAUUGACCGUAGCUUCAGAUCUCUGAGGAGCAAAUUUGCGAGAUUCAUCAUGUUUCUCUGCACAUUUUUGGGUUUGAUUGCAUUUAUGCUUGCUAUUGGGGCAGAGGUCACCAGAACAGAGGUGACCUAUAUAAUGGUGGAUAACAUGAGUUGGGAAACAGGGGAUAUGGAAAUGAAGUGCAUGUAUAGGAAAAAUGGGUUUGUUCCGAUUGCCUGCGCAUUGGGUUCAUUGUUAGCAAUGGGAAUGGCGAUGGGCAUAGGCAACGCUUAUAUUUGCCUGGCCCUCUGCAGUCCUCCUGCAAAUGAUCAGUUUCGUCCAUUGGAAACAUGGAUUGAUUCUGAUUCCAAUUAUUACAAGGCACUCGGAUGGCAGGCUGCUGGUUCCUUUCUCUGUUCUUGGAUAUCUUUUACGGUUGCCUCUGCACUCUUGCUUGUUGGAAUUGUGGUGGAAGCAAAGCAUAGGGAAAGGUGGGAUAUCGCAAGAGAGAAUUGCAUGGUGGUGAGAGCAGGGAUGUUUGCAGCAGCAGGAAUAGUUGGGUUGAUCGCAACUUUCAUGGGCAUUUCACUGUAUGAGAGUGCAGUGCAGACUGAGAAAUUGCUGGAGGAAAAAGCAAACAUGCGGAGGGAAGUCAUGGAGGCUACUCUGUACUACACACCCAGUUCCCCUUCACCAUCAUCCAUACAACAAUUUCCUGCUGCCUUGCCAAAGUGAGGUUAAUUUAUGGAUUGAGUGGAAGCCAUUGUAUGAUAUUGAAACUCUAAUUAGAGCUGUUACCUCUGGAUUUCUUCAUUCUUAUGUCAGUCAAAGGCAUUUAAAUGACCAUAUCCAAAAAACUCUAUGGCUCACUUCAAUCGCAAGCCCCCCACAAUUUUUAUUUUAUUUUAAUGUUUUCAAAGAGCGUAAGGACUGCGAGAGCUCGGCAGGAAAUAGCGGCUAAGUGUUUGUGCUUGAUUUGACCGCGAAACGUUGAAAUUUUCAUCGUUAUCUUGGCUUCUAGAUGGGAAGCCCCAUUUUGUUGAGAAGUGUUUACAAGGAAAGCGACCGCCUUGGCAUUGACGCGUUGUUUUAAUACUGUGAUAGGGGCUUUUCUAUAACCUUUUUUCAAUGCUAAACAAAAAGUAUAGAUAUUUAAAUAGUUUUUUUUUUUUAUCUA